AUGUCCUCCCGGCCUGUGGUGCGCAAGACAUACGGCAAAGCGCCCCCUCGCUCAUCCAGCACCGUCUCCCUAUUCGACGCGUCGCCCCCUCCCACGCCGUCUCUCGCUGGACCGUCCUCCAGCGCGUACCGCUCAAGCUCGCCUUCUUUUGAUCGCUUGGAUAGUCCUCUGGGAAGCAGUCCGCCCCGUGCAGUGAGGGAGAGGGAUGGUACGCCGCUGUUCUUUUCUUGUGAUGAAGAGGAGGAGGAAGAGACGCGUCCGUCGCGUGAUGGAUUGGUGAAAGAGCAGUCUGUGAAGGCAAAAGCAAAGGCCCCGGUCAAGGUGGUGAAGAAGACGGAAAUGCAGUCGUCUUUGAAAGGCUUCUUUGCGUCGUUGCCGAAGCCCAAGAAACGCCCGCUCGAGCCGUCCCCAGCCAACUCGUCCCCCUCGCCCUCGUCAAGAUCUCCCUCCAGCAUGCUCGGUCUAUCACGCCCUGCCAGCAUCACCAAAUUCAUCAAGACGCCCACCCCCACGCUUAGCGCUCCCGGUAAAGAAAACAAAUCCACCACCCGCAAGCCCGUGCAAAUGCGCCUCACCCACCUGCCUCUUUUACACACCUGUCCCCAGUGUGGCAUGUCGUUCAUGCGCGGGGGAGAGGAUGAGGCGGUGCAUAGAGUGCACCAUACGCGUGUGCUAAGGGGGAUUGUGUGGGAGGGUGUCAAGGUGAAGGGAAAGGGGAGAGAGGAGGGGUGGAGGGUGGUGGCUGACGAUGUCGAGUUUGGGGAAGGAAAGGGCAAGGGCCGGGGGAGGGUUGUGGUUGUUGAUGGAUCUGUCGGCGGGCCCAAGAUCAAUGAAAUUCUUUCCACGGUCGACCUCGUCCUCUCUGCCCCGGCGCUUCCUCCACCAAUCCUCGCCAAAUGCAAAAUCUUUCUCUUCCUUACAUCCUCGCCCCCUCCUCCUCCCUCCGAAUCUACAGCCAAACGUCAAAAACUCGACCCUACGCUAGUAAAGGCAAACAAGGACGGGAAAGAGCGCGUGAUCAGUGUGGUAGUCGCGCAGGGGAUCAAGUGGGCUAUGCGCGUACUGAGGGAUGGGCAAGGAGUAGAGGGAAAGGAAAAGGUGGUCGAAACGGGCGGUUUUGGUAGCGUUUCGUGCGAACCAACGCAUCUCCCAACGCCCCUUGGCAUACAUCGCCUCUAUACCAUUCCCUCAUACCGCUCUCACCACCUCUCUACGCAUCUGCUCAAUGCAGCGUGCGCGCACACAGUGUAUGGCUGCGAGCUCGACCCGAAAAAGGGACAGGUGGCGUUCAGCCAGCCGACGGAGAGUGGGCGAAAGAUGAUGGAGCGGUGGGGAGGGGGCGAGGUGAGGGUUUUUGUGGACGAUGAGAGUCAGCUUUGAUACUUUUGGUGCGAUACUUUUGGUGCUG